AACACAAAACGAAAAGGUGCUUCGAAAGCUUCCAGUCGAUGCUCCAACUUUAGUAUGGCGACGCGUUUCGUGGACGUCGCAAUGACGCACCGUAUCCGACAUUAAGCCAGUGCAUCUAUAUUGGAUUAUCAUACUAAAACCGAUGGACUAAUAUACAUCAAAAAGACAAUUUUUAUCAUUACCGAUUAUCUAUAAAGUGCCGAAAGUACCGUGCGAAAUCUAAAAAAAAACAUCUUCAAGAAGCGCGCGAAAUUUUUAAAUUUGCCGCUCUCGCAGUUCAAAAGUGUAUUAUUAUUAUUACAGUCGACCAAGUUGUUUGUGUGGCGCUCUCGUACGGCCCGGUAGUUUUUUUCCUCUUAAUUUAUUUUAUUAACUUACUGGACUAUUAUAUUUGGGACUAAAUGAAUCUUAUUGGGACUAUAAUAAGUGUUUGAGGGCGCAAAAUUAUCUUUAUCUUUAUGUGGCCUCUCAAAUGCUGGGAUACACUUCCUAUAGGGAUUGGUCGCCGGGUGGCAUUGGCACCCAGCAGCAGUUGUCCGUCGUGACCACCGUGUGGGGAGUCACCACGUCCACGCAGUCGGGCCCCCACGGGGCGUACGCGGGGGCAGGGGGCCCGAUAUCUCAAGGUACUUUUCCAAAGGGACAGCCCAACUCUUAUGGCAACCAGGGAAACUUCAGGAGUCAUGGGCUCAACAGUUACGGCACAGGUCCGAAUGGUAUGAACCAACAAGACCCGUCGGGCGGCGCAUUCGGCAACCAAGGGAACGCUCUUUCGACGGCCGCAAUGGUUGCGGCAGCUACAGCUACGGCUACCGCAACCGCGAGCGUGGUAGCGUUACAAGAUAACGCAGCAGCUCAGUUUGCCAAUCAGCAGUACAAUCAGGGCUACCAGCAACGGAUGAUGCCCAUGAACGGGAUGAACCCAAUGGGUAUGAACGGCAUGAAUAAUAUGAAUCAGAUGGGAGCGAUGCACCAGAUGAACGGAAUGGGCAAUAUGAGUGGAAUGGGAAAAAUGGGUAUACCCAUGCAAGGACCCGGAGGAGCUACAUCAACCUCGAUGUACCCUAACAGAAGGAUGGCACCGUAUCCCUCGCCUGCCAUGCACAUGUCUCAGAAAAGAUCAGGACAGAGCUACCCCAGCGGGCCUUGUCCUACGAUGGGUACACCAGGUAUGGGUCCAGGUAACAUGGGAGCACCCAACAUGGGAUCGAUGGGACCGGGCAUGAAUCCCAACAUGGGUCCGAACCCUAUGAACCCCAACUUUAACCCUAAUAGUCAAUAUGGCAGCUAUGGAACGCGGCAGCCUAACUUUAAUCAGUAUCCUACCCAACAGUCCCUUGGACCUACGAAUAGUUUCGGCCCAGGACCGGGAACCAUGGGACAGGUAUCAAAUCCCCGGCAAUUGAGAGGGACCACGCCACCCUACAGUAACCAAGGACAGUAUUUUAAUGGUUCGAUGAACCAGUUUCCCGCCAAUAAUUCCGGUCAGUUUAGUAUGAGCCAGACGGGACAUAAUGGACAGUACAAUUCUUCAAGCCAAUUCCAGCAAGAGGUGGCAAUGAGAAAUAACAUAAGCUACCAGCAUAGUCCUAUACCAGGCAAUCCGACGCCACCUCUUACGCCUGCCAGCAGUAUUCCGCCAUAUAUAAGUCCUAAUCCAGAUGUAAAGCCUAAUUUUAACGAACUUAAACCGCCUAUACAAAAAGACGAGGAAUUGCGCCUAACAUUUCCAGUACGAGACGGUAUAAUUCUACCGCCCUUUAGGCUGGAACACAACUUGGCCGUCAGUAACCACGUGUUCCAACUGAAACCGACAGUACACCAAACGUUAAUGUGGCGAUCGGAUUUGGAACUGCAGCUCAAGUGUUUCCAUCACGAAGACCGUCAAAUGAAUACGAAUUGGCCUACCAGUGUCCAGGUGUCCGUCAAUGCCACCCCCUUGAUGAUCGACCGGGGCGAAAAUAAAACAUCUCAUAAACCAUUAUAUCUCAAGGAUGUAUGUCAACCCGGAAGGAAUACCAUUCAAAUUACCGUGGCUGCUUGUUGUUGUUCGCAUUUGUUUGUUUUGCAACUGGUACACCGGCCGAGCGUACGAUCCGUACUUCAAGGCUUAUUGAGGAAACGACUGCUUACCGCCGACCAUUGUAUUACCAAAAUCAAAAGGAAUUUCAGCAGCACCAACUCUGGCACCGACAGGGACGCUGUGGAACAGACUUCGCUUAAGGUUUCCUUAAAAUGUCCUAUAACGUAUAAGCGGAUAACGUUACCUGCGAGAGGGCACGAGUGUAAACACAUACAGUGCUUCGAUCUUGAAUGUUACCUGCAGCUUAACUGCGAACGGGGUUCUUGGAGAUGUCCUGUGUGCAAUAAGCCAGCUCAGCUUGAAGGGUUAGAAGUUGAUCAGUACAUGUGGGGCAUCUUGACUAAUUUAUCUACAAGUGACGUUGAGGAAGUGACCAUCGAUAGCCAAGCUAAUUGGAAAGCUGCUAGAAACGGCAUUAAGUUGGAAGAUGAAGGUUCCGAUUCCUGCGCUUCUAAACGCUUAAAUAAAGCAAUGUCUCCUGGAAGUAUGACCCUACCUACCAUGAACAACUGGGAUAUGCAAGCAAUGUCGCCGUACCUUCCUCCGGACAUGAAUAGUAUUGCCAGUGGUUCAAUGAUCAACGGCAGCCAGUCGUACAAUUCAGGAAAUCGAGGAAACAACAUGGAUUCCAGCAACAUGGGCUACAGUAGUUCUAAUGAUUAUUUGGGAGGAAACGGUCCUUUAAGUCAUUUGAGUGAUAGCGUUAACUCUCUAGAUCCCCUCAACGCCAUGGAGAAAAGCCUAAAUGAGCAGAUGCCUCAUACACCACACACUCCUCACACCCCGCAUACGCCUCACACGCCGGGUGGUGCGACCCCGAGCGCACACACGCCCGGAGGUGGUACCGGUCCACCGAGCGUACCACCUGCGAGCAACGACAACCAUAACACCAGCGGAAACAGUACCAAUAACGGAAAUACCUGUACCGGAUCGAACGAGAGCCUAUCCGAAAUACCGAGCGAUUUGAAUUUCGAUCCGGCAGCCGUUAUCGAUGGAGAAAGUGCGGGACAGGAGACAUUAAAUCUCUUACCAGACAGUGUGGACCCGAUGGAAUUGCUCUCCUAUUUAGAUCCUCCGGACCUAAACACGCCGCCAUCUAGCGGCAGCAGUUCGGGCCAUCACAAUACGUCCGCCAACGACGACAUUUUGGCCCUCUUCGAGUAAAAUAGUUCCUGCUGCACGUAAAGAAGUUAUGUAAAAUGUGAUAAAAUACUUACCAUUUUGUGAAACAGUGAAAUAAGUUGUGAAGUACUUAAGAGAGAUGUGUUCAAACCUACGGUUACGUAGCCAGUGAUGCAAAUUACAUUGAUAAAGAGUAAAAUCAGGGUGUUGUGAAAUUAGAAUGUGGAGCAGUCGAAUGUGAAAAGAUGCUCACUCUAAUUGGAAACGACCUGAAAGUCGUAGCGUCUUCGGUUUGUUUCUUAUCAAUGAUUACUCGAAUAAUCAAUUUUUCUUUGUAAAAUUAAUGCAAAAGGUACUUUUGGCAACACAAUUCAAAUACAUCUAAGACGCUACUAGUUCAACGAAAAGUCUCGUCUUAUCAAAUGGUUUUCAAAAUAAACUAAGAAAAUUAAAUUGCCACUGCAUGACCUCGAUUAUGAAAAAAAAUAAUCAAAAAAGUUACCAACGUUUAUAUUUGAAUUAAUUAAAAAGAGAAGUUUUGUUAAAUCUAACUGAAAGUCCUGUAUAGUAUAUUAUGCAGAGGCAAAUAAUUUUUUUCCUUAAUACAUUUUUCAUGGUAUAUGAGAGCUAGAAUCACUGAGAAACAGAUAAAGUUGUCUCCUAAAAACUGUAAUUAUAUUUGUACUUUCUCAGGAAACACUCUCUAAUAAGACACAAUGAAUGUUUAAAUCAAAUUCUUUUAAAUCCGUAAUAAAGUGUUGUUGUAAAUAUAAACUGUAAAUAAGAAGAAAUUUAUUGAAAAAUUUUAUUAAUAAGAAUUUUAAGAUAAAACUUUUGGCAGAACAAUGUUUUGCUUUGGCUGACGAUUUUCCUAAUUAGUUUUUAAGAAUCAAAAGAGAAGUUCUACUGUAGUAUUAAAAAAAUUUACCUUUAGUUCGUUUUGAACAUGGCCUGUAUAUACCAUAUUGGUAAUUUUUUAUAUUCCUAUAAUUUUUACUAUAAAGCCAAGAAGCAGCUAAAGCAAAAAAACUGUAAAAGCGGCCAGUCUAGUAGAAAAAGUAUAGUAUUAACUAUGAUGUAAAAAAAGAAUAUAGCGAAAAAGCGACAGUGUUUUUUUGCCUAUAUAUAAUAAAAAAGUGUUUAAAGUAGCAAAAAGUUAACGAACCAAAAUUUAUAUAGGUACUAUUGCCACCUUAGGGCACUUUUACAUAUAAAUUGAUGUUGCAUUGUAAUUGUAAAGCUUCAAGUGUAUAACCUAAGAAAAUUUCGUGAACCUUCUUACACCGAUCGAAUAGACCAGAGAUAUAAGCAGUAACGUUUCAGCUAUGUGUUACAUUUGGAAUAAAACAGCUGUCUUUAAUAGCAAUCUGAUGUAUUCUUUUCAUAAAGGUGGAACUCUAUAAACUGUGAUAUUUAAUACUUAAUCGUAAGUUCACUUUUACCCAAUAUUAUCAAAAAAAUUAAAAACAGUAAAUAGGUAAUUAAUUUUUUUGUGUAAACUUACACAAGUAAUAUAAUUAACCCACUAUACUUAUAAUAAAUGUUUGAGGCCUCGUUAUACUGUAAUUAUUAUAAAGAAUUAAUUUCCUUGUGAUAAAAUAUAUUUUGGUAAAAAUAAGCAAUCGAUUGUUUUAUUUUUAAGUUUCCUUUUAAAUGUCGGUGUUAGUAUAAUAUAAUGCACUGUAAUAACUAAGCAAUUAGUAAUAAAAUGCGCUAACGUUUAAAAGAUUGCGCUCGCGAGUUCGCGAGGUAUAGUUCCUAAAAAAAUGUACUAAGGUUCACAAAAUUUUCAAUUGAAAAACUGCUAAUCAAAAAACAUAAUUAUUUCACAAAUUGCUGAUUAGAUUGCAAAAAUGUACCAGAUAUUCAAUAAAACAUAAUAAUAACGCAAUUUGUCAAAUAGUAAUGUUUAUUUUAUAAUGUAGAAAAAGUACGGAGUUUCUAAAGUAAUUGUAAGUAAACAUGAAUGAAACAAAAAGAAUGAAACACCAUUAAACGAGUCAACAUUACCAAAAGCUGCUUCCAAAACGGUGUAAUUUAUAAUAAUGUUGUAAAUAACGUUUUUUUUAUUUUUGAAAAUUUCGUUAAUGCUCUUUGCCAAUAAUUAAACCGCAGCCUUUUUUAUAAUUCAGUUGACAGCACUGCAAAAACAUUUUUAGUAGAGAAUUAUUAAAAAAAAGAGGACCAAUAACGAAGUUAAUUUAAAAUGCGUUUUUUUGUUUUUCUUCUUAAUUUGAGACCAAAGUUUACAUAUCAUUUAUUUAGUUUGGACCAAUUUUUGAAACGUGCUAAGGCUUGUUCAUUCAUUUUCUUUUUUAAAUUCUUACAACUGUAGUCAAUAAAUGGAAAAUUAUUGGCAACUUAUUUAUUUCCUUUUUUGGUUGAAAAAAAAAGUGUAGAAAAUAUUGUAUAAUUUUUAUGUUAAAGAUACUGUAAAUAUAAAACAAUUAUUGUACAUUUAUUUAAGAUAAAAAUUACAUAAAAAAUUUUUUUCGAGAUUGCGUAUAUUGUAAUUUCAUCCAUACAUUUUGGAGCAUUUUUCUGUUAUCCCGGCCAGGUUUUUUGUUAAAAUUCAGAUUUUAUCGUAUUAAAUGGGUCUGGAAAUUGGAUUUUUGGACCAGCAGUCAUAAGACGAGCUGCAGACGAGUCUUAAGGCGCUUAGUCUAAAAAAACGCUUUUCAGAUUUUAGCAAAUUAAGCGAGAAGUAUUUUUUUGUUAAUAUUCAGAGUCAUCUUAGUUCUUUGUUUUAACAAAAUACCUAGUCGAGACGUUAAGAUAAAAGAAAUUUUAAGUGAUGUUCAGUACAAAUUAAGAUUAUUUUUAACGAAAAUUUAGUACCGAAUAAUGAGGUAUACACCUUUGAAAGAUUUUUUUGUUAUUCAGUGUUUUUGUGCAAUCAAUAAAACAUCGUAGACUGAGCGAUAGUUCAAAAA